CUUUCGAGAGCAAUUUAACUGACCGCCGAAGAAACCGCAAAAUCCCUGUGCACGCGUGAAGUGGAAAUGAAUGAAACAUAAGUAUUUUUCGAAUAUUUCCAGAUCAGAAUCCUAUAAGGAAUUUUCAUAAACCAGUGAAUUGAUCAAUCAAUCGUGUUAAUCGUGAAAAGGUAAACCGACCAAGUGUUUCGUCUUUACGGUUCUAAAGUGAUCGAUUAAAAAUUGAGAAAAGUAUAGAACCGGUCCACUUCCGAAUAUUAAAAAAACGAAAGAAAAAAAAUUCUUCAACCCAUCAUCACCACCACCGUAGCCGGCAUCAUCACCAACGCCAGCUGCAGCAUCAACACCAACUACAGCAACAGCAACAGCAGCCUCAACAGCGCCAAUCACAAUACCAACAUCACCAUCGUCAUCAUCCGUCCGCGGCAACGGCGACGGAGACGACGGAGGCGUCGGCUGAUACCGAGGAUCAGUUGCUCCCCGAAAGACAACAACCUCAACAAGAGAAUCAGGAGCAGCAGCCGUCCACGAGCGGCACCAGCAGCUUCGGCGGAGGAGGUAGUAGCAGUAGCAGUAGGAAUAGCAACAACAACAGCCCUCACAGCAGCAACAGCAGCCGACACAAUAUGACAACUGACACCAGACGCCGUGUGAAGUUGUACGCCCUCAACGCAGAUCGGCAGUGGGACGAUCGGGGCACCGGUCACGUCACGUCCAGCUAUGUUGAUCGAGUCAAAGGAGUGUCACUGCUGGUGCACGCCGAAAACGACGGUUCCAUGUUAUUGGAGAGUAAAAUCCACCCCGAUACCAUAUACCACAAGCAGCAGGACACACUGAUCGUGUGGAGCGAGGGCGAUAACUUCGACCUAGCGCUAAGCUUCCAGGAGAAAGCCGGAUGCGACGAAAUAUGGGAAAAAAUUUGUCAGGUACAAGGCAAAGAUCCCUCUGUCGAGAUUACUCAAGAUGUGGUGGAAGAAUCGGAAGAUGAACGGUUCGAGGACAUGUCGGAUUCUGCGCCACCCAUUGAGCUACCACCGUGUGAACUGUCUCGAUUAGAGGAUAUAUCCGAAGUAAUUGCCAACGGGCUUACAUCGCAGAUCCGCAAAGAUAAACUGGCACAAGCAAUUGAGAACGAAAACUACAUUAAGAAGUUACUAAAUCUAUUCCACAUAUGCGAAGACUUGGAGAACCAGGAAGGGCUGCACUAUUUGUACGAAAUUUUCAAGAACAUCUUUCUGCUUAACAAGAACGCGCUGUUCGAGAUCAUGUUCGCCGAGGAUACGAUUUUCGAUGUCGUGGGCUGUUUGGAGUAUGAUCCUUCCGGUAAUCCUCCUAAACAGCACCGGCAAUAUCUGAAACAGCUGGCCAAAUUCCGGGAGGCGAUCCCCAUCAGAAACAGCGAUUUGUUGGCGAAAAUCCAUCAAACCUAUCGGGUGCAGUACAUCCAAGAUAUUGUUCUGCCUACGCCUUCAGUGUUUGAGGACAAUAUGCUAAACACGCUGUCAUCUUUUAUCUUUUUCAACAAGGUUGAGAUUGUGACGCUGAUCCAGGAAGAUGAAAAGUUCCUAGACGAUCUGUUCACAUUACUAACCGACCCAAACACGUCUGAUGGCAAGCGCCGGGACAUCAUACUGUUUCUGAAAGAGUUUUGUAACUUUGCCCAAUACCUGCAGCCUCAGAGCAAGGAAACGUUCUACAAAACGUUGAUAAGCCUGGGUAUUCUGCCGGCGUUGGAGAUCACUUUGGCUAUCAAUGAUAAGAAAACUAAGGCUGCCUCCAUAGAUAUUCUGACCACAAUUGUCGAGUAUUCGCCGUCAAUCGUUCGGGAUUACACGUUACAGCAAUAUAACAAUUCCGAUACGGAUGAGGAUCAAACACUCAUCAAUAUUGCUAUCGAACAGAUGCUAUCAGAUUCGGAACCAGAACUGGGAGGAGCGGUACAGCUAGUAGGUGUUUUACGAAUACUAUUGGACCCCGAAAACAUGUUAAGCUCGGUGAAUAAAUCGGAAAAGUCAGACUUCUUGAACUUUUUCUAUAAGCAUAGUAUACAGACGCUAACCGCUCCUCUUCUGCUGCAUACCCUGACCGACAAACCUGCCAACGAAGACUACAACACGGCCCAGCUUCUGGGGCUGGUGCUAGAACUGCUUUCGUUCUGCGUCGAGCACCACACUUACCACAUCAAGAACUGCAUCAUCAACAAGGAUCUGCUUCGGCGAAUACUGGUUCUGAUGAAGAGCACACACACGUUCCUGGUCCUCGGUGCCCUCCGGUUUUUACGGAAGAUAAUUGCGCUGAAAGACGAAUUCUAUAACAGACAUAUUAUCAAAACGAAUCUAUUCGCACCGGUGGUGGACGCCUUUCUUCGAAAUAAUAAUCGUUACAAUCUUCUGGAAUCAGCUAUUUUGGAACUGUUCGAAUUUAUUAAAGUCGAAGACAUCAAAUCGCUGUAUACGUAUUUUGUCGAGAAUUUCGGCAAAAUUUUCGAAGAUGUCCACUACGUGCAGACGUUUAAGACGCUCAAAAACAAGUACGAACAACAACAGGAUCGGCUAAAGGACAAAGAAAAGGGUGGCCUGGAUAGUGUACCAUCGAUUCUGAGGAACAGUAGUCGAUACCGACGAGAUCAGAGGCAGCUGGAGGAGGAGGAAGAAAUAUGGUUCAACGAAGAGGAAGACUUUGCCGAUAGUCAGAAAGCAAGUUCCCCGGAGCUGGACAACAGUCUAGGGAAAAUUUUCGACAAAAAAGCUUCGGAUUCCUCUCCACCUGCAUCCACGGUGAAUGGGCCACGGUUCGGUAGCGCCAACAACAAUUCGCCACCUUCGGACAUUCCUACGGGAGGUACUACGACGAUGACUACAACACACAGCCUGAACAACAACAGCAGUACCGACUAUAUUAGUAAUAGUAACAACAACACCAUUACCACUAACAGCACAUCAUCAGACGACUCCACUUCGACGCAGGAUCCCCACCACCCAUCGCUGGACGACACCCUCGUGAACUCUACGACUUCCGCUGACGUGGACGGGGAGGAGGAAGACGAUAACGACCGUAAUAAUGUUACCCUGUAUCCGACUAGCAGUAACAACGUAGAACAGGAUUCAGUGUCUUCGUUAUCCCGCGCUUCCAUCACAUCGGCAGAUUUGUCAGAAUCCUCCUCCGCAUCCCUAGGCAUUGUUGAUGGUGGAUCAAAAGGUCCAGCAGAUCAGGAGACGCAUACAAUGUUGCAUGAGGAUAGCCUUACCUCGAACAAAUCAGAUGAAUCUCCGGCCCAAAACGAGCUGGGUAUAACGAAUCGGCUUGCAGCGUUAGAUGGAGAAGAGGAAAGGGAUCCAGAUAUUGAAGGUGUUCGGCAAACGAGCAGCUCCUCUUCCGGUGAUAGUAGUAACAGUAGUUGUACUAAUAGUGAUAAGGGUUGUAUCGACAGCAGUACUGUUGCGCUGGACAGUCACAGCUGUAGUCCUAAUGGUGAUAUCAGCGGCGCAGAGGUAGAAAAUGAAAAUGGUGGAAAUGUUUCCUUACCACCGGUGGAUUCUGCACCCGAAGUUGAGGGAGUUCGAUCUGUGGAUGGCUUAAACGAUGGAGUUACAACUUCUGAUGUUUCUUCAGCACCAACCUCGGUCAACAGCUUGAAAAAGGGUUUGGUGGACUACGAAGGUGAUUCGGACGAGGAAGAUGAGGACGACAGUCCGGCACAAAAGAAAGCUCGAAUGGCAUAGCAUCCCAAUAGCGGAUGUUGCUCCAGCAGCAACAGCAGCCGUAGUAGUACCUCUCGUAGCAGUAGUAAUCGUGGUCGUCAGUAUCAACUAAUAACAACGCAGAAAAAUCACGAAUCAGAUCAAAAGCAGCAGCAUCAACACUUGGACGUUCAUAAGCAGCUGCUCCAGCAGCAACUCUUGGACCAUCAGUUGGAGCAGCAACCCUAUCACAACUUCACGUUUGCCGGAGGGUGCUGCAGGAGGUUCCACCACUGUUGCUGUUGCUGCUGUGCGACUGUUGGCGGGGGCGAAGAACUGCCUGAGGACGAUCCUAUGAUGUCUUCACUUUCGCCUUCCUCGCCGUUAUCAUCGUCAUCGUCAACCUCUUCAUCAUCUUCAUCGUCGUCGUCGUCGUCGUCAUCGCUGUUAUCGUCGCUAAUCUCGCUGGAUACUGAACCGAGCGAUAUCACAAACACUACAACUACAACAGAAGCUGCCGCAGCUUCACCACCACCAUCUGCUGAUGCUGCCAGUUGUACAUAGUAAUCCCCACAACUCCCCUCCCCAACUUACACUAUAUAAUAACAACUAUCUACGUGUAUCUAGAAGGUAAAUAAUUGCUGAUUGGAACGAUAACAAACAAAAAAACAAACACUAGAUCAAGUAACCUCCCCAUUAUUUUUUUUCGGUGACGAAAAAAGUUUGCGUUUCCUUUUGUUUUAAAGGAAUAAGAGAGAAAAAAGUCAUCUGGUAAAUUGCUUUUUGGAUUGCAUGCAGCAGAUUGAUAUAAAUAAUAAUAAAAACAGAAAAAGCUGUGUAAUUUAAUGAAUGAAACAAACUGAAGCGUAAGUUUUGGAUAGACUCCAGAUAAAAAUAAUUGACAUUUAAAAUUUGAAAAAUUUGUAACAAAAAGAAUCAGACAAAUCGAAACGGAACAUUUUGGUGUAAACAGGGCCAUCAUACUCGCUUGACUGUACCAUAUGCUGAAAUUCAAUAGGUCAAAGAAAUGACUAUGUAUAAAAACGUUUUUUUUUCGAAUGACCAAAUUGAUUACUUUCAUUUUAUUUGCUCAGAACAGAUGUCAUUACUUUUUUACGCAUGUUAAGAACAUUGACGAUUGAAGUUGAAGAGAUUGUCUAGGUAAAAAAUGACUAAGUAUAUGCAUAUGGUACAGCUAAGCGGAUCAGAGCGCCACAGGGCUGGACAAAACUUAUACAUUUGUAAAACAAACGCUAUCUUAAUUUUAGAGGACUGUCUAACUACCUGUAAUCAGGAGCAAAUGUUACGGGCAGAGGAUUAAAUUGCAUUCAAUCUUAGUACAGGUGUGCAGCCGCGCUCCCUCUCCCAUCCCCCCAAAGUAAAAGUAAGGUAAGAUAAGAUCUUUUGCGACAUUUGUUGAGUUGCAAAGUAAAAACUACCAUUAAAACUCGUUCCAUCAGAUUCUGGAAAAUGUUAUCGGCAGUUUCUGCGAAAAAACACCGGGGGACGAGUAUUGUAAUAAAAUGAACAUAUUUAAACACAACAGACAUAAGAUCAUGUGAACAAUUUUUUCGUGAAAAAACUAAAAAAUUGACUGGAGUUUUAGAAUAUACGUUGUAUAUUGAAAAGAAGAAAAAAAAAAUAGACAGAAAGCAAAUCGUGCGAACACUAAACAAAUAAACUAAAAUGAACGAUAUGUUUCAAGACCAGCCGGUUGCAAGCGAUCGGUUUAGGGAAGUUUGUGCGGAAUGUGUUCCUUGGCGGAGUUUGUAUUUCCAUUCGAGGAACAUUUUGUCACGUCACCUUCAGCGAUAUCUCUCCCCAUCCUUACCCGGAACCAUAUUCCAGAACAUUUGGAAAUAUUUUCGUUUACUUAUCUUUUAAAAAAAUCGUUUUAUUUGCAAGGGAAAAAGUACAGGAAACCAUAACUUUUCAGCUUCCCUGUAUUGUUUCCUUGAAUGCUGGUAUGUUUUGGUGAACUCCUCCAAACGCCUUUGGAUCGCUUUUGGAAGCAAUGUUUCCCUCUCUGGAAGCAUUGCUUACCAUGUAACCGAGCCAUCGAUUAUAUUUCGAACAGAGUUGCAUUAACCAUCUUCCUCCGUACAUUUUCCUUUACCAUGUUCGUUUGUGUCCGAGAGAGAGAAAAUAAAUACAAAAACCAUUGUUGUAAAUAGUAGUUACAUAAACAAUCGUAUAAAUAGAAUAGUGUCCAAAUUGUACUAGGCUAUAAGAGCUAACGAAUAAAAGAUAAAAUAAUAAAAACAAUUCUAUACGAAUAAUGGGUAAGCAAAAAGCAAACAAUCGUUUGAAAUGUGAUGAACAUUUUGUCGCGUGUUUAUCACCGCAAACACAAAACUCAAAAAGAAUCAAUUAGGAAAACCAGUUAUCCAAUUUUUUAAAUCUAGCUACUACAACCAAUACACACACUAAUGAAAACAAAUCGCCUUGUGAGUUUUCUUUCCCAUUACGUCCCACCAUCCAUUGAUUGUUUCCCUAAGCUUCCUCUCUUCUCUCUCACACACGUACAUACCAACAAGCUUACAGACCACGCACAUGAACAUGAACAACAGAGCCCCGCAUCCCACUCACGCAAAGUCCUACCGAGGAAUCGUUGGCCGCAACUGAAAAUGGAUGAUUAUUAUUUAGUGAUUCGUACAUAAAUUGUAAUGUUAUUAAAAGAAAACAAAACAAAGUAAAAUUAAAGAUUGCAAAAAAAAAA